AUAGCUAGGGCAAGAAAUAUCUCUUCACAAGAGCCUCUUACGCAGAGAACUGGGGACGCAGUAGUGGACGGCGACAUUGUCUGAGAUCGGCAACUUUCUCAGAGUCGGGUUUUAAACUUCGUAGAGCACGCAGCUCUUGCAGCAACAAUGACGACUGUAGUGCCAACCUCCGAGGAAGAUCCCUCAUUGUCUGUCGUUCGAUUCGCAUCAGAGCUUGCCUGGGCCGAUGCCGGUCCUGAGGUUGCUGAGCCCCAAGUCAGUAGACUGUGUAGGGAGGCGGAGGAAUUCAUUGCCAUGGGAAAGUGGUUAGAGCUAGCAUCACUGAUGGUUACUUCUGCUGAAUUGAUAUUCUCAAAGGUGUCUGAAAAAGAUGUUGAAUCCAUCUUCACCAUUAUAUGCAAUCUUGUUACAAAGACUGAGAAUCCAGAUGAAGAGUUGGAGAUAACAAAAGUCAUAGCAGCAAAAGUAAUUCAACAACCAAAUGAAAAGCCUGCAGUGCGAUUGAAGAUUUUGUUCAAUCUGUACAACCUUUUGGAGACACCAUACAGCCGUUUUUAUGUAUAUUUGAAGGCACUGAAUUUAUCAGUUCAUGGAAAGGUCGCAGAACACAUCAUACCUUCAUUUGCAAAGAUGGAUAGCUUCUUGAAAGACUGGGGCAGUAUUGGGAUAGUGGAGCAACGUGAGCUCUUCCUCACUAUCUCAGACAUUUUGAAAGAUAAUAAAAGCAUGGCAAAGGAUUCAUUAAAGUUUCUGACCAAGUAUUUGGCAACUUUUUCGGGAGACGAUGCACCUGCUUUAAGCGAAGCAAAAGAGGAGGCUGUGCGUGCUAUUGUGGAAUUUGUGAAGGCGCCUGACAUAUUCCAGUGUGAUUUACUAGACAUGCCAGCUGUUGGGCAACUAGAGAAGGAUGCAAAAUAUGCUUUGGUUUAUCAGCUACUCAAAAUUUUCCUUACUCAGACGCUGGAUGCGUACUUGGAGUUUCAUGCUGCAAAUUCUACUUUGUUGAAAAGCUAUGAUCUUGUCCAUGAAGAAUGUAUUACCAAGAUGAGGCUGAUGUCUUUGGUGGAUCUUGCCUCUGCUGGAUCAGGCCAAAUUCCAUAUGCACUUAUUAGGGACACACUUCGGAUCAAUGACGAUGAGGUGGAACUAUGGGUCGUUAAAGCAAUCACUGCCAAGUUGAUUGACUGUAAGAUGGACCAAAUGAAUCAAGUUGUAAUUGUUAGUCAUCAUACUGAUCGUGUGUUUGAUCAGCACCAGUGGCAAACACUCAGAACAAAACUAGCCACAUGGAGGGGGAAUAUUGCUAAUGUGAUCAGCACCAUUCAAGCUAACAAAAUAACCGAAGAUGGCUCUCAGGCGGCACAAGGCUUGGUGGUUCGCUAAGGACGUUUUCUGGGGAGAGUUACUUGUCUGGAGAAUUAGGCUUAAUCUGAGUGGGAAUAUUUCAAUAGGAAAGGGAGAAAGUUGUAAUCCGUUCCUAGUUACAGCUUUUCUAUUUAUUUUAGUUGGAAGGUGAAACGAUUGUAUUACAAAUUUUGACCCCAGGCGUGUUGGUUAUAAUAUUAAAACGUGCAGAGUACUGUGCUAACCACUGCCUUUAAUUUAUCAGUAAGUAUUGUCUUUUAUGUUUUUA